UGAAAAUAUGGAAUUCAAAAUCUAAUUUAUUCAGAGUCGUGUUUGCUCUGGUGUCCUCGUGAUGGCGCUGCUCGAUGCUGUAACGGUUUUAACGGUUUUAACGGUCAUCCAGCAGAGGGCGCGCUGCCGGCGUCGCACGCUCAUCUGCAUAGCCCCGCCCUCUGAGUAUGUCAGCCAUCCAAUGAGAACGCGGCAGGAGACACCCGUUACACCCGCAUCAGAGCCGCCACCGCCGCCGCCUGAGAGCUUCAUCUGUCCGGUGAGAGGCUCCGAACCCGCGCCGAACCAUGACGGACGGCGAAGCCGAAGAUGAGAUCCAGUUCUUACGGACCGAUGAUGAGGUGGUCCUCCAGUGCUCCGCGAUGGUCCAUAAGGAGCAGCAGAAGCUCUGUCUGGCUGCCGAGGGCUUCGGGAACAGACUGUGUUUCCUCGAGUCCACGUCAAACUCAAAGAACGUUCCUCCGGAUCUGUCCAUAUGCACGUUUGUGCUGGAGCAGUCGCUGUCUGUACGAGCGCUGCAGGAGAUGCUGGCUAACACCGAGGAGAGAGCGGAAGGGCUCAUAGACAUGGAGAAAUGGAAAUUCAUGAUGAAGACGGCGCAGGGCGGAGGUCACCGGACGUUGCUCUACGGUCACGCGGUCUUACUGAGACACUCCUACAGCGGGAUGUAUCUGUGCUGUCUGUCUACGGCUCGCUCAUCCACCGACAAACUAGCGUUUGACGUGGGGCUUCAGGAAGACACGACAGGUGAGGCGUGCUGGUGGACCAUCCACCCGGCGUCCAAGCAGAGGUCAGAGGGUGAAAAGGUGCGAGUGGGUGAUGACCUCAUCCUGGUCAGCGUGUCGUCUGAACGAUACCUGCACUUGUCGUAUGGUAACAGCAGUUUGCACGUGGACGCAGCUUUCCAGCAGACGCUCUGGAGCGUGGCUCCAAUCUGCUCCGGCAGUGAAGUGGCUCAGGGCUUCCUGAUUGGUGGAGAUGUUCUGCGGCUGCUGCAUGGUCACAUGGACGAGUGUUUGACCGUUCCGUCAGGAGAACACGGAGAGGAACAGCGCAGGACAGUGCAUUACGAGGGUGGAGCCGUGUCCAUCCACGCCAGAUCCCUCUGGAGGCUGGAGACGCUCCGAGUGGCGUGGAGCGGCAGUCACAUCCGCUGGGGUCAGCUGUUUCGGUUGCGUCACGUGACCACCGGGAAGUAUCUCAGCAUGAUGGACGAUCAAGGACUCCUGCUGAUGGACAAGGAGAAUGCGGACGUCAAAUCAACGGCUUUCUGCUUCCGUUCCUCAAAAGAGAAGCUGGACUUUGGCCUGAGGAAGGAGGUGGAUGGGAUGGGCGUCCCAGACAUCAAAUACGGCGACUCGGUCUGUUAUAUCCAGCAUGUGGACACUGGGCUCUGGCUCACGUACCAGUCUGUGGACGCCAAGUGUGCGCGAAUGGGCGGAGUUCAGAGGAAGGCCAUCAUGCAUCAUGAGGGUCACAUGGAUGACGGUUUGACGCUCUCACGAUCACAACACGAGGAGUCACGCACCGCUAGAGUCAUUCGCAGCACGGUUUUCCUCUUCAACCGCUUCAUCAGGGGUCUAGACACUCUGAGUAAGAAGGGAAAGACGUCUACCCUCGAUCUGCCCAUCGAAUCAGUCAGUCUGAGUCUUGAGGAUCUGAUCGGAUACUUCCAGCCGCCCGACGAACACCUAGAGCACGAGGACAAACAGAACCGCCUGCGAGCGCUCAAGAGCAGACAGAACCUCUUCCAGGAGGAGGGAAUGAUCAACCUGGUGCUGGAGUGUAUCGAUCGUCUGCAUGUGUACAGCAGUGCGGCUCAUUUUGCAGACGUGGCCGGUAAAGAGGCUGGAGAAUCCUGGAAGUCCAUACUGAACUCCCUCUACGAGCUCCUGGCUGCUCUGAUCAGAGGAAACAGGAAGAAUUGUGCUCAGUUUUCCGGCUCUCUGGAUUGGCUGAUCAGUCGUCUGGAGAGGCUGGAAGCGUCGUCUGGGAUUCUGGAGGUUCUGCACUGUGUUCUGGUGGAGAGUCCGGAAGCUCUAAACAUCAUUAAAGAGGGACACAUCAAAUCCAUCAUCUCACUGCUGGACAAACACGGACGCAACCACAAGGUGCUGGAUGUCCUGUGUUCUCUGUGUGUGUGUCACGGUGUGGCCGUUCGCUCCAAUCAGCACCUAAUCUGUGAUAACCUGCUGCCUGGCAGAGACCUGCUGCUGCAGACGCGACUCGUCAAUCACGUCAGCAGCAUGAGGCCCAACAUCUUCCUGGGCGUGAGUGAAGGCUCCGCCCAGUACAGGAAGUGGUAUUAUGAGCUGAUCGUGGACCACGUGGAGGCGUUCGUGACGGCCGAAGCCACUCACCUGCGGGUGGGCUGGGCCUCGACACAGGGCUACGGGCCGUAUCCGGGCGGAGGAGAGGGCUGGGGCGGGAACGGCGUCGGGGACGACCUCUACUCAUACGGCUUUGAUGGACUACACCUGUGGGCAGGUUGCGUGGCGCGUUCGGUCAGCUCGCCCAAUCAGCACGUGCUGCGGGCUGAGGAUGUGGUCAGCUGCUGUCUGGAUCUCAGCGCUCCCAGCAUCUCCUUCCGCAUCAACGGCCAGCCGGUCCAGGGAAUGUUUGAGAACUUCAACUCAGACGGACUCUUCUUCCCCGUCGUGUCCUUCUCCUCUGGAGUCAAAGUGCGCUUCCUGUUGGGCGGUCGUCAUGGAGAGUUCAAGUUCCUGCCUCCAUCUGGUUACGCUCCAUGUUUUGAAGCCGUUUUACCACGAGAGAAGCUGCGUGUGGAGCACAGUCAGGAAUACAAACAUGAUCAUGGGAGAACACGCGACCUCCUGGGACCCACAGUCACACUGUCACAGGCGGCCUUCACUCCAACACCGGUGGACACCAGUCAGAUCGUGUUGCCUCCACAUCUUGAUAGGAUCCGGGAGAAGCUGGCAGAAAACAUCCAUGAGCUGUGGGUGCUGAACAAGAUUGAGCUGGGAUGGACCUACGGAGCGGUGAGGGAUGAUAAUAAACGGCAGCAUCCGUGUCUGGUGGAGUUCUCCAGACUUCCUGAACAAGAGCGCAGCUACAACCUACAGAUGUCUCAGGAGACGCUCAAGACUCUUCUGGCGUUGGGCUGUCAUGUUGGAGUGGCGGACGAACGAGCCGCAGAGAAAGUCACAAAUCUGAAGCUUUCAGCAAAAUACCAGCUGUCCAGCGGGUAUAAACCGGCCCCGAUGGACCUGAGCCACAUCAAACUGGCAUCUACCCAGGAGGCCAUGGUGGACAAGCUGGCAGAGAACGCUCACAACGUCUGGGCGCGAGACCGCAUACGACAGGGCUGGACCUACGGCGUCCAGCAGGACAUCAAGAGCAAGAGAAACCCUCGUCUGGUUCCUUACGUUCUGCUGGACGAGAGAACCAAGAAAUCAAACAAGGACAGUCUGCGGGAAGCCGUGCGGACGCUGCUGGGAUACGGAUUCAACCUGGAGGCCCCGGAUCAAGACCACGCGGCCCGAGCAGACGUGUGUAAUCCGUCUGCGGAGCGCUUCCGGAUAUUCCGAGCGGAGAAGACCUACAGCGUGAACGGAGGGAAGUGGUACUUUGAGCUGGAGGUGGUGACGGCGGGAGAGAUGCGGGUGGGCUGGGCGAGACCCGGCUGUCUGCCGGACCUGGAGCUGGGCUCAGACGACCAGGCCUUCGUCUUUGAUGGAUUCAAGGCUCAGCGCUGGCAUCAGGGCAACGAGCACUUCGGCCGCUCCUGGCAGUCUGGAGACGUGGUGGGCUGCAUGGUGGACAUGAACGAACGCACCAUGAUGUUCACGCUCAACGGAGAGGUGCUGCUGGACGACUCCGGCUCUGAACUCGCCUUCAAAGACUUCGAAGUUUGGGAAGGUUUCAUCCCGGUCUGUAGUCUGGGUGUGUGUCAGGUGGGCCGUAUGAACUUUGGGAAGAACGUGAGCACGCUGAAGUACUUCACCAUCUGCGGCCUGCAGGAGGGCUACGAACCCUUCGCCGUCAACAUGAACCGCGAUCUGACCAUGUGGAUCAGCAAACGGCUGCCUCAGUUCAUCCCCGUCCCGCUCAACCACGAGCACAUCGAGGUCACACGGAUCGACGGGACGGUGGAGAGCCCGCCGUGCCUAAAGGUCACCCAGAGGUCGUUCGGCUCACAGAACAGUAGCACAGACAUCAUGUUCUAUCGUCUCAGCAUGCCCAUCGAGUGCUCAGAGGCGUUUCUGCGUGCAGCCAGCGGCAGCUUCUUCUCUCCCAAGAGAGAUCUGGAGGACUUCGAGACGGUGUCGGACUUCGAGGUCCUGAUGAAGACGCCACACAGUCACGUGAGCUCGAACGGACCCGACAGAGAGCGAGAUGAGUUCAACAACCACAAGGAUCAUAAUCAGGAGAAACCCUCCAAAAUCAAGCAGAGGUUCAUGUUGAAAAGAACGAAGCCUGAAAUGACCAGCAGUAACUCCAGCGCUCGUCUGUCAGAGGAGGUUUUGGCUGAUGAGAGAGACGACUGUGAGAAUCUCAUACAGACAUCAGCGUAUUAUUACUCGGUGAGGAUCUUCCCCGGCCAGGAGCCAUCCAGCGUGUGGGUCGGCUGGGUGACCUCAGACUUUCAUCAGCACGACCCGGCCUUUGAGCUCAGCACGGUCCGAAUGGUCACCGUUACCCUGGGAGACGAGAAGGGCAAAGUUCACGAGAGCAUCAAGCGCAGUAACUGCUACAUGGUUUGGGGCGGCGAGUGCAGCAAUCCCAGUCAGGGCCGCAGUAAUAACGGGCUGGAGAUCGGGUGUUUGGUAGAUACAGCCAACGGCCUCCUCACCUUCACCUCCAACGGCAAAGAGCUCAGCACCUUCUACCAGGUGGAGCCCAGUACUAAACUUUUCCCUGCAGUGUUUGCACAAGCAACCAGUCCAAACAUCUUUCAGUUCGAACUGGGACGCAUCAAGAGCGUCAUGCCGCUCUCUGCAGGUCUGUUUAAAAGCGAGCGAAAGAACGCGAUUCCUCAGUGUCCGCCGCGGCUACAUGUGCAGUUCCUCACACCUGUGUUAUGGAGCCGUGUUCCCAAUCAUUUCCUGAGGGCAGAGGUCACCAGGGUCAGUGAGAGACUGGGCUGGAUGGUGCAGAGUUCAGAACCACUGCAGUUCAUGACGCUCCAUAUACCUGAGGAGAACAGGUCUCUGGAUAUCCUGGAGCUGACGGAGCAGAGAGAGCUGUUGAAGUUUCACUACCACACGCUGCGCUUGUAUUCGGCCAUCUGUGCUCUGGGGAACAAUCGUGUGGCUCACGCGCUCUGCAGUCAUGUAGACGAGGCGCAGCUCCUCUACGCCAUCCAGAACAAAUACAUGCCGGGCCUGCUGCGCACCGGAUACUACGACCUGCUGAUUGACAUCCACCUGAGCAGCUACGCCACCGCGCGCCUCAUGAUGAACUCUGAGUACAUUGUGCCCAUGACGCCCGAGACCAAGAGCAUCACGCUCUUCCCCGACGAGAAGAAGAAGCACGGGCUGCCGGGGAUCGGCCUGAGCACCUCCCUGCAGCCGCGCAUGCGCUUCUCCUCGCCCAGCUUCGUGGGCGCUGUCGGCGGUCACCACGGUAACGGCGCGGUCGCCGGGGGCGACUGUUUCCAGUACAGCCCCGAGUUCCCGCUGGAGGCGCUGAAGAGCCGCACGAUGGAGAUGCUGACGGAGGCGGUGCGAGAGGGAAGCUUGCACGUGCGCGACCCUGUGGGCGGCAGCACCGAGUUCCUGUUCGUUCCGCUCAUUAAACUCUUCUACACGCUCCUGAUCAUGGGCAUCUUCCACAACGGAGACCUGAAGACCAUUCUGCAGCUGAUCGAGCCCAGCGUCUUCUCGCAGGAUUCCGGGGUGGAGAGCGGAGGCGGGGCGCCAGAGGCGGAGGAUGACUGUGGGCGGGGCCAGCUGGAGGGGGGCGGGGCCGAGGAGCACGGCCUGAGAGGAAAGAUGCCCAAAGAAGGACUUCUGCAGAUGAAGCUUCCUGAACCCGUCAAACUGCAGAUGUGUCACCUGCUGCAGUACCUGUGCGACUGUCAGGUGCGUCACCGCAUCGAGGCUGUGGUCGCCUUCUCUGACGACUUUGUGGCGAAUCUUCAGGAGAACCAGCGUUUCCGCUAUAAUGAAGUAAUGCAGGCGCUGAACAUGUCUGCCGCUCUGACGGCACGCAAAACCAAAGAGUUCCGCUCUCCUCCGCAGGAACAGAUCAACAUGCUACUGAAUUUUAAGGAUGAGAAGCAGGACUGUCCGUGUCCAGAGGACAUCCGUGAACAGCUGCUGGACUUCCAUGAAGAUCUGAUGACACACUGUGGCAUUGAGACGGAUGAUGAUAAAUCAGGAGAUGGAGAUGAUUUCACCAUCAGGGGUCGUCUGAUGUUUCUGGUGGAGAAGGUGACCUACCUGAAGAAGAAAAUGACUGAAAUACCAAAGAAGAAGAAAUCAAAGAAACCCAGCACCUUACAGCAGCUGAUCUCGGAGACGAUGGUGCGCUGGGCUCAGGAGUCGGUCAUCGAGGAUCCCGAGCUGGUGCGGGCCAUGUUCGUGUUGCUCCACCGGCAGUACGACGGCAUCGGUGGCCAGGUGCGAGCGCUGCCCAAGACCUACACCAUCAACGCUGUCUCGGUGGAGGACACCAUCAACCUGCUGGCGUCUCUGGGUCAGAUCCGCUCUCUGCUCAGCGUCAGGAUGGGCCGCGAGGAGGAGAAGCUCAUGAUUCAUGGGCUCAGUGACAUCAUGAAUAACAAGGUGUUCUACCAGCAUCCGAACCUGAUGAGAGCGCUCGGCAUGCACGAGACCGUCAUGGAGGUGAUGGUGAACGUCCUGGGUGCAGGAGAGUCCAAGGAAAUCACCUUUCCUAAGAUGGUGGCCAACUGCUGUCGGUUCCUGUGCUACUUCUGUCGGAUCAGCCGUCAGAAUCAGAAGGCCAUGUUUGAUCAUCUGAGCUACCUGCUGGAGAACAGCAGCGUGGGCCUCGCGUCUCCGUCUAUGCGAGGUUCCACUCCUCUGGAUGUGGCCGCCGCGUCUGUGAUGGAUAAUAAUGAACUGGCUCUGGCGCUGAGAGAGCCGGACCUCGAGAAGGUGGUCCAGUAUCUGGCGGGCUGUGGUCUCCAGAGCUGCGUGAUGCUGAUGUCCAGAGGAUAUCCUGACAUCGGCUGGAACCCGGUGGAGGGUGAACGGUACCUGGACUUCCUCCGGUUCGCGGUCUUCUGUAACGGUGAGAGUGUGGAGGAGAACGCUAACGUGGUGGUGCGUCUCCUGAUUCGCCGGCCCGAGUGUUUUGGCCCCGCCCUGCGCGGAGAAGGCGGGAACGGGCUGCUGGCGGCGAUGGAGGAAGCCAUAAAGAUCUCAGAAGAUCCCAGUAGAGACGGACCAUCACCCACCACAGAGGAGAGCCGGACACUUAAUGACAUCAUGGAGGAAGAGGAAGACGACACCAUUCACAUGGGAAACGCCAUCAUGACCUUCUAUGCCGCUCUGAUCGAUCUGUUGGGCCGCUGCGCUCCAGAGAUGCACCUGAUCCACGCAGGGAAGGGAGAGGCCAUCCGUAUCCGAGCCAUCCUGCGCUCGCUCAUUCCCAUUGAGGAUCUGGUGGGAGUGAUCAGCAUCCCGUUCCUGAUGCCCACGCUGGCCAAAGACGGUUCUGUGAUCGAGCCGGACAUGUCAGCGGGAUUCUGUCCUGAUCACAAAGCGGCCAUGGUUCUGUUCCUGGACCGCGUUUACGGCAUCGAGGACCAGAACUUCCUCCUGCACCUGCUGGAAGUGGGCUUUCUUCCUGACCUCAGAGCCGCCGCCUCAUUGGACACGGUGGCUCUGAGCGCCACAGACAUGGCGCUGGCUCUGAACCGGUACCUGUGCACGGCGGUCCUGCCGCUGCUCACUAAAUGCGCUCCUCUGUUCGCCGGGACGGAGCCGUUCGCGUCUCUCAUCGACUCUCUGCUGCACACCGUCUACAGGCUGUCGAAAGGCUGCUGUCUCACCAAAGCGCAGAGAGACGCCAUCGAGGAGUGUCUGCUGGCUGUGUGCGGUAAACUGCGUCCCUCGAUGAUGCAGCAUCUGCUUAGGCGUCUGGUGUUUGACGUUCCUGUGCUAAACGAACACACUAAGAUGCCUCUGAAGCUCCUGACCAAUCACUACGAGCGCUGCUGGAAGUACUACUGUCUCUCCGGAGGAUGGGGAAGCUUCGGCGCCGCGUCAGACGAGGAGCUGCAUCUGUCCAGAAAGCUCUUCUGGGGGAUCUUUGAUGCUCUGGCCAGAAAGAAAUAUGAGGUGGAGUUGUUCAAGCUGGCGCUGCCGUGUCUGAGCGCAGUGGGCGGAGCUUUACCUCCCGAUUACAUGGAGUCAAACUACAUGGCCAUGAUGGAGAAACCGUCGUCUAUGGACGCCGAGGGAAACUUCAACCCGCAGCCCGCCGACACCAGCAGUGUUGUUGUUCCUGAGAAACUCGAUCAUUUCAUCAAUAAAUAUGCAGAAUACUCCCAUGAGAAAUGGUCCAUGGAGAAGGUGGCUAUGAAAGAACAGGAUCUGGACGCUCCGUCCAUAGAGAAACGCUUCGCCUACACGUUUCUGCAGCAGCUGAUCACGUAUGUGGAUGAAGCUCACGCACACAUGCUGGAGUACGAUGCUGGAAUUCGACCGAAAGGAGAGAAAAUCCCCCACGAGCAGCAGGUCAAAUUCUUCGGGAAGGUUGUGCUGCCGCUGGUGGACCAGUACUUCAAAAACCAUCGGCUCUACUUCCUGUCCACCGCCGUUCGACCAAUCAGCAGCGGCGGCCACGCCUCCAAUAAAGAGAAGGAGAUGGUGACCAGCCUGUUCUGUAAACUGGCCGUUCUGGUGCGGCACCGGAUCUCACUGUUUGGGAAUGAUGCCACGUCCAUUGUGAACUGCCUGCACAUCCUGGGACAGACGCUGGACGCCAGGACCGUGAUGAAAACCGGCCAGGACUCUGUCAAAGCAGCUCUGAGGGCGUUUUUUGACAACGGAGCAGAAGAUCUGGAGAAGACGAUGGAGAACCUGCGGCAGGGUCAGUUCACACACGCGCGCAUGCAGCCCAAAGGAGUCACACAGAUCAUAAACUACACGACCAUCGCUCUGCUGCCUGUCCUCUCAUCGCUGUUCGAACACAUCGGACAGAACCUGUUCGGAGAGGAUCUCAUACUGGAUGAUGUCCAGGUUUCCUGCUAUCGGAUUCUGAACAGUUUGUACUCACUUGGAACCAGUAAAAGUAUUUAUGUUGAGAGGCAGCGCCCAGCUCUCGGCGAGUGUUUGGCUGCGUUUUCAGGUGCGUUUCCUGUGGCCUUCCUGGAGCCCAGUCUGAACAGACACAACACUUUCUCCAUAUACAACUGCAAAAGCUCCCGAGAGCGAGCAGCGCUGGGUCUCCCCACUCAGGUGGAGGAGGUGUGUGCUCUGGUGCCGUCUCUGGAGCGAGCGCUGGAGGAGAUCAUGGAGCUGGCCGAGUCUGGCAUGCGUUACACACAGAUGCCUCACGUGAUGGAGGUGCUGCUGCCCAUGCUGUGCAGCUACAUGUCUCACUGGUGGGAACACGGACCCGAGAGCAUCCCGGAGCGCGCCGAGAGCUGCUGCACCUCGCUGACCUCCGAACACAUGAACACGCUGCUGGGAAACAUCCUCAAGAUCAUCUACAACAACCUGGGCAUCGACGAGGGAGCCUGGAUGAAGAGACUCGCAGUGUUUUCUCAGCCCAUCAUCGGUAAAGCCAAGUCUCAGCUGCUGAAGACUCACUUCCUGCCGCUGAUGGAGAAGCUGAAGAAGAAGGCGGCGACGGUGCUGCAGGAUGAGGAGCACAUGAAGGCGGAGGGCCGAGGCGAGAUGUCCGAGUCUGAGCUCCUCAUUCUGGACGAGUUCACCGUCCUGGUGCGAGACCUGUACGCCUUCUACCCGCUGCUCAUACGCUUCGUCGACUACAACAGAGCGAAGUGGCUGAAGGAGCCGAACACUGAGGCGGAGGAGUUAUUCCGUAUGGUGGCCGAAGUCUUUAUAUUCUGGGCCAAAUCACAUAACUUUAAAAGAGAAGAGCAGAACUUUGUGGUUCAGAAUGAAAUCAACAACAUGUCCUUCCUCAUAACUGAUACCAAAUCCAAGAUGUCCAAGGGAGCCGUGUCGGAUCAGGAGAGGAAGAAGAUGAAGAAGCGCGGUGACCGAUAUUCCCUUCAGACGUCUCUGAUCGUCGCCGCUCUCAAGCGCUUACUUCCUGUGGGACUGAACAUCUGCGCGCCGGGAGACCAGGAGCUGAUCGGACUCGCCAAGAGCCGCUUCACACAGAAAGACACUGAGGACGAGGUGCGAGAGACCAUACGGAACAACCUCCACCUGCAGGGAAAGCUGGAGGAUCCUGCGAUCCGCUGGCAGAUGGCGCUGUAUAAAGACAUGCCCAACCGCAGCGAAGACACGUCUGACCCCGAGAAGACCGUCUACAGAGUGCUGAACAUCGCACACGUGCUCUUCCACCUCGAUCAGGUCGAACAUCCUCAGCGCAGUAAGAAGGCCGUGUGGCACAAGCUGCUGUCUAAACAGAGGAAGAGAGCCGUAGUGGCCUGUUUCAGGAUGGCGCCGCUUUACAACCUACCCAGGCACAGAGCCGUGAACCUGUUCCUCCAGGGUUAUGAGAAGUCCUGGAUCGAGACAGAAGAGCAUUAUUUUGAGGACAAGCUGAUUGAGGAUUUGGCCAAACCGGGUGGAGAGGAGCCGUCGGAGGAGGACGAGAUGACCAAACACAUCGACCCGUUACACCAGCUCAUACAACUGUUCAGCAGAACCGCGCUGACCGAGAAAUGUAAACUCGAGGAGGACAAUCUCUACAUGGCUUACGCUGAUAUCAUGGCUAAGAGCUGUCAUGAUGAAGAGGAGGAGGAUGAAGAGGAGGUUAAGAGUUUUGAGGAGAAAGAGAUGGAGAAGCAGAAGCUGCUGUAUCAGCAGGCCCGACUGCACGACCGCGGCGCGGCUGAGAUGGUGCUGCAGACCAUCAGCGCCAGCAAAGGAGAGAUGGGGCCGAUGGUGGCCUCCACGCUGAAGCUGGGCAUCGCUAUACUCAACGGAGGAAACUCAACCGUCCAGCAGAAAAUGCUGGACUACCUGAAGGACAAACGAGACGUGGGGUUUUUCCAGAGUCUGGCGGGACUGAUGCAGUCGUGCAGUGUUCUGGAUCUCAACGCCUUCGAGAGGCAGAAUAAAGCUGAAGGUCUCGGGAUGGUGACGGAGGAAGGAUCAGGUGAGAAGGUCAUGCAAGACGACGAGUUCACCUGUGACCUCUUCCGCUUCCUGCAGCUGCUCUGUGAGGGACACAACUCCGACUUUCAGAACUACCUGAGAACACAGACGGGGAACAAUACGACAGUCAACAUCAUCAUCUCCACCGUGGAUUACCUGCUCCGAGUCCAGGAGUCCAUCAGUGACUUCUACUGGUACUACUCCGGGAAAGAGGUCAUCGAUGAGCAAGGCCAGCGCAACUUCUCCAAAGCAAUCAAUGUAGCCAAACAAGUCUUCAACACGCUCACAGAGUACAUUCAGGGCCCUUGUACGGGGAAUCAGCAGAGUCUGGCUCACAGCCGUCUGUGGGACGCAGUUGUUGGUUUCUUGCACGUUUUCGCACAUAUGCAGAUGAAGCUGUCUCAGGAUUCAAGCCAAAUCGAGCUGCUGAAGGAGCUCAUGGAUCUUCAGAAGGAUAUGGUCGUGAUGCUCUUGUCCAUGCUGGAAGGAAAUGUUGUGAACGGCACCAUUGGAAAGCAGAUGGUGGACAUGUUGGUGGAGUCCUCGAACAAUGUGGAGAUGAUUCUGAAGUUCUUCGACAUGUUCCUCAAACUGAAAGAUCUGACGUCAUCAGACGCCUUCAAAGAGUACGACCCCGACGGCAAAGGAGUCAUCUCCAAGAGGGACUUCCACAAGGCCAUGGAGAGCCAUAAACAUUACACCCAAUCCGAGACCGAGUUCCUGCUCUCCUGCGCCGAAACCGACGAAAACGAGCUCUUGGAUUAUGAAGAGUUCGUCGAACGCUUCCACGAACCAGCCAAGGACAUCGGCUUCAACGUGGCUGUCCUUCUAACCAACCUCUCGGAGCACAUGCCCCAUGACUCGCGCCUUCAGACCUUCCUGGAGCUAGCCGAGAGCGUGCUAAACUACUUCCAGCCCUACCUAGGCCGCAUCGAGAUCAUGGGCAGCGCUAAACGGAUCGAGCGGGUCUACUUCGAGAUCAGCGAGUCCAGCCGCACUCAAUGGGAGAAGCCGCAGGUCAAAGAGUCCAAACGCCAGUUCAUCUUCGACGUGGUGAACGAAGGCGGCGAGAAGGAGAAGAUGGAGCUCUUUGUUAACUUCUGCGAAGACACCAUCUUCGAGAUGCAGCUGGCGGCGCAGAUGUCCGACGCCGGCGAGCGCUCGGCUAGCAAAGAGGACAGCGAGAGAGAGAAACCCGAGGAGGAGAGUCCCGAGAUGGGCUUCUUCUCCAUCACCACCGUACGAACGGCUCUGUUUGCCUUACGAUACAACGUGAUGCUCUUAAUGAAAGUGCUGUCUAUGAAGAGCCUAAAGAAGCAGGUGAAGAAAGCCAAGAAGAUGACGGUGAAGGACAUGGUGACCACACUGGUGUCCUUCUAUUGGAGCGUCCUGCUGGGACUCCUGCACUUCGCCUUCAGCGUCGCUCGAGGAUUCUUCCGGAUCGUUUACAACAGCUUUCUCGGAGGCAGUCUGGUGGAGGACGCCAAGACCAUGAAGGUGUCGGAGCUCCUGGCUAACAUGCCUGAUCCGACUCAAGACGAGGUGAGAGGAGAGACGGAGGAGAGCGAGAAGAAACCCACGGACAGAACCUCACCCGAGGAAGACCUGGCCGAUCUGACGGUGGCCGCAGACGACACCGACCUCCUGUCCGAUAUAUUCGGUUUGGACCUGAAGAGAGAAGGAGGGCAGUACAAACUGAUGCCUCACAAUCCGAACGCUAGCCUCACGGAUCUGCUCAACACACCCAUCCCUCCUCCGCCUACACCCUCGCCAGACCUCCGCAGGAGACACCAGACGAAGGGCUCUUCAUCCUCAGCAGACAACAGUGAAGCUGCGGAGGAGACCAAAUCCGUGCCUGAGAAAGCCGAAGGGGAAAACGGAGAGAAAGCACCGAAGAAGAAGGAGGAAGCGGUGAAGAGGAAGGUCAGACAGCACCAUGAGCCUGAUCUGCAGGAGUCGGCAUUCUGGAAGAAGAUCAUCGCUUACCAACGCAAGCUGCUGAACUACUUUGCACGAAAUUUCUACAACAUGAGAAUGUUGGCUUUGUUUGUGGCCUUUGCAAUCAACUUCAUUCUGCUGUUUUACAAGGUGUCCACGUCCUCGGCCGUCUCUGAGGGGAAGGAGGUGUUGUUCAGCUCGUCUUCAGAUGCCAGCGUACGCUGGGAUCCUCUGGGAGGCUCGAGCGCUCGACCCGAUGCUGUGCACUUUGUGCUGGAGGAGAGCAGCGGCUACAUGGAGCCCACGCUGAGGAUCUUAGCCAUCCUGCACACCGUCAUCUCCUUCUUCUGCAUCAUCGGCUACUACUGCUUGAAGGUUCCUCUGGUGAUUUUCAAGCGUGAGAAGGAAGUGGCCAGAAAGCUGGAGUUUGACGGUCUGUACAUCACUGAACAGCCGUCGGAGGACGAUAUUAAAGGCCAGUGGGACCGACUGGUCAUCAACACACAGUCCUUCCCAAACAAUUACUGGGAUAAAUUUGUGAAGCGGAAGGUGAGUUUGGAGACAUUUACACACAUACAGACAGAUGAACGACUGAACUCCAUCGAUGUGAAGUAUCAGAUCUGGAAGCUGGGCGUCGUCUUCACUGAUAACUCGUUCCUGUAUCUGGCCUGGUACAUGAGCAUGUCCAUCCUCGGACACUACAAUAACUUCUUCUUUGCCGCCCACCUACUGGACAUCGCCAUGGGCUUCAAGACCCUCAGAACCAUCCUGUCCUCCGUCACACACAACGGCAAACAGCUGGUCCUGACUGUAGGACUGCUGGCGGUUGUGGUCUAUCUCUACACUGUGGUGGCUUUCAACUUCUUCCGUAAAUUCUACAAUAAGAGUGAAGAUGGAGAAUCACCAGACAUGAAGUGUGACGACAUGCUAACGUGCUAUAUGUUCCACAUGUAUGUUGGCGUUCGUGCUGGCGGCGGCAUCGGUGAUCAGAUCGAAGAUCCGGCAGGUGACGAGUACGAGAUCUACCGCAUCAUCUUUGACAUCACCUUCUUCUUCUUCGUCAUCGUCAUCCUCCUGGCCAUUAUUCAGGGUCUGAUCAUCGAUGCGUUUGGUGAGCUGAGAGACCAGCAAGAGCAGGUGAAGGAGGACAUGGAGACAAAGUGCUUCAUCUGUGGGAUUGGAAACGACUACUUCGACACGGUUCCUCACGGCUUUGAGACACACACGCUGCAGGAACACAACCUGGCCAACUAUCUAUUUUUCGUCAUGUAUCUCAUCAACAAGGAUGAAACGGAGCACACAGGCCAGGAGUCGUAUGUUUGGAAAAUGUACCAGGAACGAUGCUGGGAAUUCUUCCCCGCUGGUGACUGUUUCCGGAAACAAUACGAGGACCAGCUCAAUUAAAACACACACACACACACACGGAUGGCUCUUACAGUGGCGAUUCUAUCAGCUGGAACGCUUUCGACACACAGUGAACAUACAACAUUUCUAGCCGCAGCUGAAGAGCCACACUUUCCUGCCAUCCGACGCUUCUUCAUUUCAUCAAUGAACUCACAGACUGAUUGAAGAGGAGGGGAGCAAGACGUCAUGAGCGAACGCUGCACGCUUCUUUAGACGGGGAUCCGGUGCCUUAUGCAAGAUGAAGAUGAGCCGGAGCGAGCGCUGGAACCCCUCAGGACUCGAAGAUUCUCCUCUGCUGAUCCGUUUCUUGCUUUGUUUUCCGUUCUUUUGGUAAUGCACCCAUGCAACAGCAGAGUUACUCUUUAUAUAGUCAAAAAAUCUUUCAUUGCAUGUUUAUUAUGCAAGUUUAAGGAAAACAUUUGAAACGUAAAGACGCAAGCUGAUCUAUAUCACGCGCAGUUUUCUAGGUUUAAGAACAUUUAAGCGGUCUCUGUCCUGUCGCAGUAUAUCACGUUCGCAGAAAAAAAAUAUGUCCACUAGCGGAGAAAAACGCAUUCGCAUUAGAUUUAGUUUGAUGCAGAAGCAAUACCCAUUCAGGGAGUCCGCCCUACACCCUACACGCUAUGCCCUAUACACUACACACUACACCCUAUACACUACAUCCUACACCCUACACGCUACGCCCUAUACGCUACACCCUACAUGCUACGCCCUACAUGCUACUCCCUAUACACUACACGCUACGCCCUAUACACUACACCCUACACUCUACGCCCUAUACACUACACCCUACGGCGACGGAGGGCUGAACAUCAGCGUUUCCCUGCAGGAGCUCAACUCACGCUUAAUAACUGUAGAAACACGUCACGCACAGACUCACAAAAGGCCUGCGGAAUCGAGACAUUUCCCAUC